AUGUUAGGAAGUCCGUCAAACAACGGCGGCAUCAGAAUGCUGGUGCCCCCGGGUCCCAACGACGACAGGCGGGUAGAGUUCGUGGCUCUCACCGCGGUCCACACGGAGAGGAGCGAGCCGUCCACCCCGGAGCGCGGACACCCGUCUCACCGCACAGGUCUGCUGGGCACCCCGCUGCCCGGGCCGCCGGGACCCCGGGCCAACUCGUCCGCCUCAAGCAAACGCUUCAGAAAGUUGCAAAACUGUCUGUACAACGUGCUGGAAAGACCAAGAGGAUGCGCAUUCAUCUACCACGCAUUCAUUUUUCUGCUGGUGUUCAGCUGCUUGGUCUUGUCUGUGUUCUCCACCAUCCCCGAACACCAGAAGUUUGCCAACCAAGGCCUCUUCAUCCUGGAGUUUGUGAUGAUAGUGGUGUUUGGGUUGGAGUACUUCAUCAGGAUCUGGGCGGCUGGCUGUUGCUGCAGAUACCGUGGAUGGCAGGGACGACUGAGAUUUGCCAGGAAGCCCUUCUGUGUCAUAGACUUCAUAGUGUUUGUGGCAUCGUUGGCAGUGAUAGCAGCGGGGACGCAGGGCAACAUCUUCGCCACGUCAGCCCUGCGCAGCAUGCGCUUCCUGCAGAUCUUGCGUAUGGUUCGCAUGGACCGACGAGGAGGCACCUGGAAACUACUGGGCUCAGUGGUUUACGCUCACAGCAAGGAGUUGAUUACAGCCUGGUACAUAGGUUUCCUGGUCCUGAUCUUUGCCUCCUUCCUUGUCUACCUGGCAGAGAAAGACAGCAACACAGACUUCAACACCUAUGCAGACUCCCUCUGGUGGGGGACUAUAACUCUAACCACUAUUGGCUAUGGUGAUAAGACCCCUCGUACCUGGCAGGGGCGGCUCCUCGCUGCAGGUUUCGCUCUUCUGGGAGUCUCCUUCUUCGCACUGCCCGCAGGAAUUCUGGGGUCAGGCUUUGCCUUGAAGGUGCAAGAGCAGCACCGGCAGAAGCACUUUGAGAAGAGGAGGAUGCCUGCUGCCAACCUGAUACAAGCUGCAUGGCGCCUCUACUCUACAGACGCCAAACACUCCUAUCUGACAGCUACGUGGUACUUCUAUGACAGCAUGUUGCCUUCAUUCAGAGAACUGACGCUACUGUUCAGUCACCUCCAGCGACAGCGUAACACCAAGAAGGUUCUCCACAACUCCUACCACACGCUGCUGUCUGGGCUGUGGCCCUACAGCUCCCCCUAUCUGUCGGGGGACAGCAGUAAGAUUGGCUUCCGGGAUCGGAUCAGGAUGAACAAUUCCCGUUCAUCCCAAACCAUUCGGAACAAGGCGUCGCCGCUGCCGCCGGGCUCCAGUGUCCGCCACUCUCCCAGCCAGGAGAACGUCCCCGAGGCCACAAGCCCGGGGAAGGUCCAGAAGAGCUGGAGCUUUAAUGACCGCACACGCUUCCGCACCUCCCUCCGCCUUAAACCACGUCCACCCGUCGAUGUGGAGGGGGUCGGAGAGGACAGUGUGGAAGAUAAACCAUAUUGUGACGUGGCCAUGGAGGAGGUAAUCCCAGCAGUGAAGACUCUCAUACGGGCUGUCAGGAUCUUGAAGUUCCUUGUGGCCAAGAGGAAGUUUAAGGAGACGCUGCGUCCGUAUGAUGUGAAGGACGUCAUAGAGCAGUACUCUGCUGGACACCUGGAUAUGCUGGGCCGUAUCAAGAGCCUGCAGAUGCGGGUGGACCAGAUAAUUGGACGAGGAGCCGUCCAACCCGACAAGAAGGCACGCCCUGAAAAGGGAGAGAAGACGCCGCCAGAACUGGACCCGCUGGAUGAGCUAAGCAUGAUGGGACGGGUAGUGAAGGUGGAGAAACAGGUACAGUCUAUAGAGAACAAGCUGGACCUCCUGCUCAACUUCUACUCCCAGUGCUUAAAGAAAGGCUCGUCCAGCUUCACCCUCUCCACCCUCCUGGACCCCGACCUGACAUCUGACUACCACAGCCCGACGGACCAAAGAGACCUCUUCCCCUCCGCUAACACACUCAACAUCUCCAUGUCUGAGAGCGGCAACCUGGAAUGACAGCGAGCAGAGCAGUCCUGGGGCUGUUCGAACACAGACACAAACCCUUUACUGUAUGUCUUCCUGCGGCCGAGUCCUCACUUCAAGCAGCCCGACCUUAACGUCGUCUCCUCACUGCAUUUAAUGUCUGCCUUGGAUGAUUUUUACCCCUCCGUCUCAAAGCUGCUCCCUCGCCUCUUUUUCCUGAAGUGAAUGUGUUUCCAGAGGCCACCAGAUGGCUCCACCUGACAAGGAGCCUCAGCCAAAGCUGCUCACCGCUCACGCCUCCCAGUCCACUAGAUGAAGACGGAGAUGAAACGAGGUGAACAACUACGACUUGACUACUGAACCACUUUCACCUACUCAGCUCAUGCUAUGCUAUGCCUACUUGAAAGCAUCAACUGUAGGAAAUCAGACAUUUAGCUUUGGAUUUUUGUAAAUCCUUUCCCUCCAUCAUCAUUUCUUUUUUUCUUGGCUGCUUGAAUCAACUGACUAAGAGUUUGUCGACUCAGCCGACACAAACAGUGCUGCAAGUGCCAUGCCGGUCGUUUGUUCGGUAGCUUGUGAUGGCAUUACAGUUCUUGAUACUGUGAUGAGUGUAAUGGGUCCCACACCACCAGACGAACAAAAAAGAACUAAAGGAGCCGUCGACAGAGAGAUAAACUGCUCCCUCAGACCUGGACCGGGCUGACAGCCACCUUGCCAAAGCACCAAACCUCCACGGUACACCUUCCCACUGAAACAAGGGAGUUUUAAAACGUGUAAAUCUUGCUUUAACCGCCCAAACAGAGAGUGGAGUGGCUGAUGUGUACUGUACAUUGCUGUUUGUUUUCAUCACCAUUCCCUCUCUCUGUGGUUAUGUCUCCAUCAAGCCCACUUGCAAAAAAAAAAAAAACACAAAAACAAAAAAACAGUACAUGAUUCCCUGUUUGGCUGGCAUUCAGGUGAGGACUGUUCCUACAUAUUUAGGAUUUAAUAGAGCCAAAAUGUCCCCUCACAAGUCCUAAAUACCUUCUUUGCAUUGUUUCAAAGGCCACCGUAGCACCUUGAGUAUUUCAGUACCCUAACUUUGUGUUUUUAACAUGCCCUUUAAACCUCUCUGUCUUGCAGCCCACCCCUCCAGACAUGCAUGUUCCUCAGACCAGUCCUGUAGAUAAAACCUCACUGACCCUCAGUCAGAAUUUAGACGUUAGUCUCACGUUUCCUGCACCGCUCCUCGCCACUCACCUCUAGCCUCAGGUCAGGCCGUCAGUAACAUUUCACAGCCUUUCUUACAGGCGGGUAGUUCUCACUCUCAGAGUCGUCAGACGCUACGUGCUCUUGCAGUCAGCAGCUGUGGAGGCCGUGCAGAGACUCUUUUGGCCAGUUUUAAACAGUGAACGACCUUUAAGGCGUCCAGGUCUGAUGCAUGACUUCCAGGCCAUUAUCCUCAAGAGUGCACGUGUCUUAGGAAAUGGCUCCAGUCUUACAGCGUCUCUAUGAGGGUUAGACUCCAGUCGCCACCCAUAGGUGUUACUGACAGUCAUUGCCAGUCCACUUUACUCUCUGCUGUCAGUUAUGGUUCUUUCUUGGGUGUGUUUGAUGCACAGGAAAUGCUCUGUGCUUGUGGACAAAACUGGAGAGUGCACAAAUGCACACACAUACAAACACACACACACAGACAAUGAAAGGAAUUCCUUUACUUAAAUACUUUGGCACUUGAUAACUAUAACACAUUUUUGUCUUGUACAAUUUUAUCUUUUUGUUUUGAUUUCUUUAUCGUAAUUAUGUUCAUGCACUCGAUUUUGUGUAACCUAUAACGUUAAAUUUCUAUGUGUUCUAACUGAUUUUGGUUGUUAAAGUGAAUGUAGGAUUUAAGUUAAUAUAUUUAAUUCAGUUAGAUACGAUCUUUAAAUAAAUGUAGCAUUUUUUGUCAAGUUGAAUCAUGGAUGACACAACUGUAACGACAUACAGCCGAUCAGGUUCACACUCACAACUCGCAGAGCUCAUAUGUGCGUUUUUUUAAAUGUCACCAGAUAAUUGCUGCCAGCUUCCACAAGGAAAACAUUCUCAAUACUGUAUUUGGCCAGUGAAAACAGAUCGUCCGCCCGUGCGUGAUUCAUUUAUUUGAUCCAGUCAAGCCAGUUGACUCAGGUGCUCCACUUUUCCAUUCAAGCCAAGCCUAGACUUCAAACAGUGAAUGUACUUCAUCGCUCCGUCUCUUUAGAUCUAUUUAUGAUCUGAUGAUCUUGCUGCCGUGGGAAAUAAAAUGGCACUUCAGAGCUUGCUGUUGACAUUACAUGGUUUUUGCAUUCAUUUCAUAGAGAACUGCUCGGUCGCUUCAUUCUUUGGCCUAAAUUAUAACAGAGAUGCCUACUUAUUAGAGGCAGCAUUAGACUGAACACUUCAUCGUCACCUGGAAUGUUGAGCUUCAUGAAAAUGUAUGUGAGACCACUAUAUUGCAUGUUGUUGUUAGUGGUUGCCCCAUUGUUAGAGGAAAAAAAAACUUAAGGAUGUCUCCUGUUAAGUCUUAAGUCAAGACAUGAAAGGAAAUGACCUGUGCCUUCUUUGUCCUCGCUCUGUAACUGAUAUGGUUCUAUCUCAAACUUAAAUAUUAAUGCUGCUUUGAAGAGAACAGUGUUUCAUAGGUGUGUCACAUGAGGAUAGCAAUGUUCUUUUUGUGCAAAACCUGGAUCCAACUAAAGAAACACCAUCAGAAUUGUUCAGAACAUGUCAUUUUAGGGUUUAGGGUGCUGCAGCCUUUGAUAUUUUCUGAGACUAUUAUUGUGUGUUAAGCAUAUCAUUGUAACUCUAGCAGGAUCUACUUGCAUCCACACCCUUACUGUACUUUAAUACCAGUCAGAUCUGGAGGCUGGAGGCAUGGACAUUUGUGUCGUCAUCAGAUGCUCUGCAGGCAUGUGUCCUUUCAUAAGCAUGUCACAUAGAGAAAUAUGGCUUCCACACAACUACCUCUGAGGCCACUAGGGGGCGCUAGUCUAGAAACCCAAGUAUGAGAAACAGUAACUGAUUGUCUAACUGACUGAAUGCUAUGCAUGACUCAAUCUGCACGUUGUCUUUUCUCUUCUUCACGACGCCCGACCAUCCAUCACUCACCGACUUGCUGCCAUUUGACAUUCCAGCUCGUUGCCCUUUAACUGCUCUCUUAGGUAUCGGAACUGUUGUUAAAAUGAAACACAAACUGAUCGAAGCAAUAAGCACAAUGCUAAGCCAACAGAGUCUUCCAAUUCCAAUUGAUGUAGCUACUGGUUGAUGAAAUAUAGCGCUUAUUUUCAUUUUCUAAUCUAAUGCACACUUCUAUUUGACCUUUUAAAGAGAUACGAAAAUGUGUAUCUGCUGAGGAUAAUAUUAGCUCACUUGACUAACUUAUUAAUUUAUUUGUUUCA